GGGGCUCGCUCUGGGGCCGAGGCAAGCGGGCAGCCGGGCGGGCGAUGGCAGGGGCCGCAGCGGGCGGCAGAGGCGGAGGUGCCUGGGGGCCCGGGCGCGGAGGGGCCGGGGGGCUCCGGCGGGGCUGCUCUCCACCAGUCCCCGCCGGCUCCCCCCGGGCUGGGCUGCAGCCGCUCAGGGCCACAGUCCCCUUCCAGCUGCAGCAGCCGCAUCAGCGCCGGGACGGGGGUGGCCGCGCAGCCAGCGUCCCAUGUUCGGUGCCCCCAGAAAAGUCAGUGUGUAGGCCUCAGCCACCCCAGGUCCGACGUACCUUCUCCCUGGACACCAUCCUCAGCUCCUACCUUCUGGGCCAGUGGCCACGAGAUGCUGAUGGGGCCUUCACCUGCUGUACCAAUGACAAGGCCACCCAGACACCCCUGUCCUGGCAAGAGCCAGACGGCGAGCGGGCCAGCUCCUGCACACAUAAGCGCUCAGCGUCCUGGGGCAGCACAGACCACCGAAAAGAGAUUACCAAGUUGAAGCAACAACUGCAGAGGACAAAGCUGAGCCGUAACGGGAAGGAGAAAGAGCGGGGCUCCCCACUCCAAGGGGACCAUGCUGUGCGGGGAGCAUUGAGGGCAUCACCUCCCAGCUUCCCCUCAGGGUCCCCAGUCCUGCGACUCAGCCCCUGCCUGCACAGGAGCCUGGAAGGGCUGAACCAAGAGCUGGAGGAGGUGUUUGUGAAGGAGCAGGGUGAAGAGGAACUGCUGAGGAUCCUUGAGGUCCCUGAUGGACACCGUGCUCCUGCUCCUCCCCAGAGUGGCAGCUGUGAUCACUCCCUCCUCCUGCUGGAGCCCAGCAACCUUGCCAGCUCUCCUUCCAUGCUCCUGGCAUCCCCCCAGCCUUCUGGCCAGGCCAGCCGUGAGGAGCACCGGGGUGCCAGUGAGCUGGCAUCCGUCCCCACUGACAAAGCCUAUUCUCCAGGCCACCCAGCCUUCCUUGAAGAUGGCAGUCCAUCUCCAGUCCUUGCCUUUGCCGCCUCCCCUCGGCCCAAUCACAGCUAUGUCUUCAAACGGGAGCCCCCAGAAGGCUGUGAGAGAGUGCGUGUGUUUGAAGAGGCCACGUCCCCAGGUCCUGACCUGGCCUUCCUGACUUCCUGUCCUGACAAGAACAAAGUCCAUUUCAACCCCACCGGCUCAGCCUUCUGCCCUGUCAGCUUGAUGAAACCACUCUUCCCUGGCAUGGGCUUUAUCUUCCGUAACUGCCCCUCAAGCCCAGGGUCUCCCCUUCCCCCUGCCAGCCCCAGGACACCAUCUCGGAAGGAUCCAGAGGCCUCCAAGGCCUCCCCACUGCCAUUUGAGCCAUGGCAGCGCACCCCACCAUCAGAAGAGUCCGUGCUUUUCCAGAGUUCCCUGGUGGUUUGAAGGGAGCCCCUCAACUUCACCAUGGAGACCAGUGCCUUGGUGGCAGGCCCCUCUCUAGCUCCCCAAGGGGGAUAGAGGAGUCCUUCCCUCUCGGCCUUCGAGCACUUUCACUUAUUGUGUCAAAGCCCCAGGUCUUCUUUCUGAUGGACACCAGCCCCUCCAAAUGUGAGGGGACUUGCCUUCUCCACUAGCAGCUGGGCAGCUUACAACUCACACCUGUGUACCUGCGCUUCCCUCACUCAGUGGAAACUCACCCAAAAAGGUCUUGAGGCCCCCACCCCAGGGUGCGAGUCCAAAUGACUUAUAGGAGGCUCCUGUUGUUAUGGCGGAGUAAGCUGGCUGUGUUUGAAGGAGAGGGGAAGGCCAGAUUCCCUUCCCUCUCCACCUCCAGAAACACAGAAGAGCAGACCAGAAGACAGACAGCCCAGCUCUGUGCCUCCCUCUCUUUGGAGGAGCUGACCAAAGCGGCCCUAGAGGGCACAACACUUGACCAAUUCAGCUGCUGGCAGAGGGAGGAACCAAGUGUUUCCCAAGUGGCAUUUUCAUCUCACGUUCACCCUGACUAAAGAUUGUCUUAAGCAGCAGCCCAGCCCCUGGUGGGUGGUGGGGGAGAGGGAGGGCUGGCAUUCCUCCAGGUGGCAAGUGGUGACUCUACACCCUCCACCUGCCCCAGGGCUGGGCUGGAUUAGAAAAAUGCCUAUUUUUCUUGUAUUGAUGUAGAAACUCUAUUUUCUCCCAAAGACACUAUUUUUGCAGCUGUUUGAAGUUUGUAUAUUUUCCGUACUGCAGAGCUUACACAAAAUUGAAGAAGAAUGUUAAUGUUCGAGUUUUCUUAUCUUGUGUUUAGAGAUUGUUUUUUGCAGAUCUUGGUGUUAAUAGACCAAAUAAAUCAAUAAGUAUUCCCAGCA